AUGGCGCUAGAUUUGGUUAUUGGAUCAGAUAUCCUAGUGCGGAGUGAAUUUCUCAACAAGAUUUUGGAAGCUCAGCAAAAAAGGUCCUUGAAUAUUUUCGAACUAAAAAUCAAAGAACAAUUGAAAGCAAUUGAGACGACCAGGCUGACUGUCAAGAAAAGGAAGGGGGUCGUAUCCUUCAUAUCGACGUUUCCCGAUUUUGUCUUGAGAGUGGAACGUCAGAUGGAAUUCGGAGAAACGGCUGAUUGUCCGACACGGAAGCUAGUCAACCAACUCUAUGAACAGAUCUGUCAGUCUAUGUUGGAGGCUCUGCAAACAAUGGCCAAGAGCGAGGGGGAUCCUGUAGCAAAUUCUGGCGGCGGUAGUCAAGAAGACCGCGACAAAGAUCGACUGAACUACCAUACACUUAUCAUAGAAAAUAUGAAUCACUUCGUGACGACUGUGUCCAAGAUUAACGCACCAGCCUUAAAAGCUUCUUUGGAGAAAGCCAAGGAGCAGUAUGAUCAUAACUUGGCUUUAUACAUCCGGCUGGUACUUCAACGACCACUGGCUCGAUUUAUUGAUUAUUUCCAGGGGAUCGAUGAGCUGUUACGAACAACCGAACCUACUCAAAUUCCGCAACACAGUCAAUACACAAGAGCGUCAUUAAAACGAGUGAUCUCGAUCCAAGAUAAGAAGGACAUAAAAAAAUUGAUCGAAACACUAAGUAAACGAGUCGACACAGCUGAUCAUGUACCAGCUCGUCGGGAGGGGUUCCUCCCGGCGGUGUGA